CCGGUCUGAAAGAGAAUAAUUAACAAUGCGUUACAAUUUUAAAGCGUUUAAGAUGAAAAUUAAUUCAUCGGUUUUAUGUAAAACAUAAACACUGAGUAUAACCGUUCUCGUUGUCGAUAAUUCAUUUCAAUGUCGACAGAACUACAUAAUGUACCUACGACGAAUAAAAACACUUGACUACUGAAAUGAUAGUCAUUGUACAUUGAACCUGUACCUGGCUUAUCGCAGUGUUGUUGAUACUGAUAACACAUGUUGUCUAAUCCGAAGCAGUUACAGUUUAUCAUCAGUCACCAGUCACUCUAAAUACAGUUUAAGUCCUCAGUCUGCAUGGCAACAUUAAUUAACCGGAGGCAUAUGGAUAUAGCUUAUACAUAGUGUUUUGUACCCAUAUUGGAUAUACAUUAACAAAUUCAAAAAGAUGUCAAAUUAUUGGGUACGGGUGAGGAAUUGAACACUGAUUUGAGAUGAAGUGAGUAUUCAUUACAAAAUGUUGAUGAAAUGUUUGAUUAUGGAACGAACUCAACAGUGAACGUUUCUACAACAUGAAUUUAUUAAGACAUUACACUUUGGGAGCCCUGUUUGGAUUCAUUCUCGUAUUUUCGAUAUUGUCAUACUGGUGUGUUGGACUGAGGGUCGAAGUCGAAAGAACCAUAAACUACUAUGUGUCUAGUAAUGAGCACAACGUCAUCAUCAUCAACCCCGACACGGAUUCCGAACAGAUACAGGAACCAUUGCUUUUAAUACCAAGGCAGUCAUUUGACUAUCGUAGAAAAAGGACACAUAAUAAUCCUUAUCAAAGAAUAAACGUUUACGAAAAAAAUCCCGGUUUUCGAAGAAAUAAUUUUCAACGUCGAAACUUCCUUCAAACAGCAUGGAUUUUUGUUUACCGAGAGAAAUUAUUCCAGAUAUAAAGUGUGCAAUAAUUGUUUUACAAUAAAUUUUGACUUUCUUAUCGAAAAUGACAUCUGUAUGAAAGCCAACUUUACGUUAGUAUAUCUGGUGUUUACUAAAUACAGCAACGUAGCUCAAAGAUCGGCUCUCCGAAAAACCUGGCUGUCAGACGUGAAAACAGCGAGGAACCAAACAUACAUAUUUGUAACAGGAAAUGGUCCAAAGAGUGACGACUUCAAUAUGAACACCCUAAUCGAUGAAAACGAUAAACACAAGGAUAUUCUGCUGGUGGAUUUUCUAGAUUCAUAUGCAAAUUUGACAUACAAAACUAUCAUGGCUUUCAAAUGGGUGACACGUCGUUGUCCUCAGACGCAGUUUGUAAUGAAAGUGGAUGAUGACGUCUGGGUACAUAAACCUCCGUUGAUGCAAACACUUCGACGGAAGAACUUCGAAUUUGGUGGUUACUGUAUGUUCAAUUCUUUUCCUUUCAGGAACAAGGACAGCAAAUACUAUGCUUCAUUUGAAAGUUUUCCGGAACGUCUAUAUCCUCCAUUUUGUUCUGGGACUGCAUAUCUUACAAAAAUCGCCAUCAUACAAAAAAUUCUGACGAUGUCGCCAAAUGUCCCAUUCUUCCAUCUAGAAGACGUUUACAUGGCUCUCUGUUUAAGAGAACUGCACAUCAGUGUCACUGCAAUUAGAGGAUUCAACGCCCAAAAGCUUAUGGCGUCCAGUUGCAUGAACAAGUCCCCAUCUGUUAUAACGAGCCACGGCCUCGGUCCUAAUGAGUUAAAACAAAUAUGGAGAAGCCGAUGCAACUUCGGAAGGCAGGUUGGAAAGCCAGAAGAGAACAGAAUAAGACAAUUACCUAAUCACAGAGAAAGGGUGCCAGGCGUAAAGAACUAUGCUCGGAUAAAUGACAAUAUCAACAAAAUGAUAAAAAGGCAGCAAGGUCUUCUACCAAUCAACAAAUUCAAAAGACAUAUGGGAAAACAGUGAAGCGUGUAUGUGGAGUUACCCGCAUUGAUAACACAAUUAUGUCCUGCUUCUAUAACUGUUGUAUCAAGAUGAUAUUGACUUUAAUGUUCAAACAAAGAGUACUAGUAUAACUAUCUCAUACUACAAUGAACAAUGUAAGAUUUACUAUUGUAAAAAACAAUUGCUCAAGUAUAUGUAUGAUUGAAUAUUUUUUUAUUUGUAUUUCGAUAUAAAGGUCAUAAAAGUGCAACAAACAUUACUUUUGACAUAUAAAACAACAAAUCAAAUUGGGACCUACAAUAAAAUCACAAUACUUGUACAGGUACUAUGAAACAGAUAAAUACUAAUGAAAUGUUGUAACUUAAUGAUACACACGAUAAGCAGACAAAGAUACCGGGAUCUAUAAAGAUACAGGGACGCUAUAGAUGCCCUUGAGAUGACCUCAGACUAAAAUAGUGUUGAAUAUCAAUGUAUGCUAUCAAUGACGCCAAUCUAAUUAAAGUUAGAAUUGUAGUUUCAGUUCAUACCUAUGUGUAAAUGGAGGGGUUUAGUUUGAUUAGAGCUAGCCAAAAAAUCAGUAUAUAGACUUCUAUUUUGCAUUACAGCUAUUGUAGUUAUUUAUUUAUAAACAAUAAACAUUCUCUGUUUAUUUUACUUCUUGAAGUGGUAUAUAUAUUUAGACUUAAUAUCGUGGAACAUUGCACCGUUUAAGUUUAAUAGCACAACCAACGCAUAAUUAUAUUAUACUCUGUCCACACACUAAUCUUUAUCAUUGGAAUAAAUCAAGUUUGAAAAAAUAAACUACUGUUAUAAUAUGGCACAAAAACGCACAGAAGGUUAAUAUUUAGAAAGAUUUCAAUCAAAAUAAACUAGGCAUGGAGUAUACAGUUGUAAAUGUAUACCAGUAUUCAUUCAUUUAUUAAGAAAAUAUUAUAUAAAGGUUCUCCUCAAUUCACUGUUGUGUGUUGACUUUUUGAUUAUGAAUGGUAUGGUAAAUACCAAAUUUGUGACAGUUAAAAAAAUAUGAACAAGGGAAACAACUCUCAUCUGAUACAUGGUUGUCGACACUGAAUCGUAAACACCAUUGAUAUGCUAAUUUCUGAUUUUACUAGAAUUUGCUGACAGAGACAUGUAAAUGUAAGAGGAAAAUAUCAGAACACAUUCACUUCAAACCAGUAGGCACAUAAAUCAUUCACAUGCAAAUGGAUUUCGAUUGAUAAUUGUAAAAUUAAAUAAAUGUUGUUCGUAUAUUGUAGCAUCUGAUGUCUAUAUUGCACACACUGAUAUUUACAAUUGUAUAUCAUUCAUAAUGAUAAAUGCAUCAUUUUACUACAUUGAUCAUGUAAUU